AUGUCCGAGGUGCAGGGAACUGUAGAGUUUUCGGUGGAGCUGCAUAAAUUUCAUAAUGUGGAUCUCUUCCAGAGAGGGUUUUACCAGGUGCGGGCCUCUCUGCGUGUGUCGCCACGUGUGCCUCACAGACUCAUCGUCACAACACCCGGUAACACAGGGGAGUGUAGUUUCAGCGCGGCGGGGGUCCAUGAUGAGAGCGUGUUCAGUCGGAUAUUCCAGAUCCUCUACAGGAAUGAGGAGAUCUCACUGGAUGACCGCAUGAAUUUUAAAGUUCACCUGCUGCUGGACGGAGAGAAGGUGGAAGAGGCACUGAGUGAGGUGGAUUUUCAGCUCAAACUCGACCUGCAUUUCACUGACAAUGAACAGCAGUUGGGGGAGAUCUCUACAGUUCCUCUGAUCAGCAGUCGCACUCUUGGCCUGCACUUCCACCCCCGCCGUGGCCUCCAUCACCACGUCCCCGUCAUGUUUGACUACUUCCACCUGUCCGUCAUCUCCGUGUCCAUCCACGCUUCCCUGGUAGCCUUGCAUCAGCCUCUUAUCAGUUUUGCACGUACAGGAAGAGGAGUGUGGCUGGGAAGGACUUCUCCAGAGAGUGAGAGUCAGGCGUCACUCAUAUCUGUGGAGAAUCUGAUGUUUGGGGCUGGAUACUGUAAACCUGUCCUGACUGAGGGCAGUUUUUACGUCCCCUCAGAGAACUGCCUGCAGAGAGCUCACACGUGGCACCGGAGACUCUGUCGCCUCCUGCUGGCCGCUUAUAAGGGCUUACGCUCCUACUUCACCGCACUGAUGAAGGAGAUCCCUGAACUUCACCAGCUACAGAUAGAGGACCUUCCCAUAGAUGAAACAUUAAACCAGCUAUCCAUCCAACUCCAGAUGCAGGAAGGUCAUGAAAAGGCAGCAGAGCAGAUCAGUAGAGAUCUGACUCAACUAUGCUCCCAGUUAGCAGAGCUUUGGUCCCAGUUCCUGCAGGCUGCUGUUCCCAGUGCUCAGGUCCUGUCCUACCUGGCUCAGGAACAUCACACUCUCAGGGUCAGGCGUUUCUCUGAGGCGUACUUCUUCACAGAACACCCAAAGGAGACAUCUCUAACCUUUCAGGAGGACUUGAUAAACAGACACAGUCAGAUCGCUACAGAGGUGCGCAGCUCUGACUACCUGACCAAAAUGCCCCCUCUGCCCGUGGAAUGCCUGGACAUAGACGGAGACUGGAACAGCCUGCCAAUCAUCUUUGAGGACCGAUAUGUCGACACGCCGGUCUUAGAUCAGAAACUGUAUGUGCCAAACUCAACUCCCGCUAAUACCCAGCUCUCCAAUGACCCAGCAGCUACAGAGACCAGUACCAGCAUCCUAGUGGAGAGCCAGGAGUCUCAGUCACCAGCAUUAAAGCAAGAGGAACCAUCCAAUGAGGACUGCAUUGACCUGCCAACAUACAUGACUCUCACUGACCAGCAGAAGGACAGUGCCAUAGACAGAACUGACUCUACUGACGAAAUCGACUCCAUAAAGAGAACUGACUCUGUAACCAGAACUGACUCCAUAAACAGAGCCGAAUGUAUUGACAAAACUGACUGCAUAAACAGAACUGACUCGGUAAACAGAGCUGACUGCAUAAACAGAACUGACCAUGUUGACAGGGCUGACUUUGUAAACCUGCUGGACCCUCAGUCUGAAGAGACUGUGGUAGUAAGUUCAGAACAGACCUCCAGCUCAGGUCUUACGUACAUCGCUGUCAGGCCCAGUGACACCAACCCAUACCAAGGAGAGGCUGUGUUGCUUGUCCAGUCUAACAUCACUGAGCUUUCUAACCAGACUGACUUAAACAGACAAGACCUGGCUUGCAAAGAACACACACAUGAAAAUGAUAUAGAUACACAACCUCACAUUGUGAGCCAAGAGGCUGAUGGAACCACCAGAGUACUGGACAGCAGUUACAUAGAAACCUCUCUGAUACAGGCAAAGGAUCAUGAGAGUGAAGACACGUUCCUCACCACCUCAUCUCUGUCACAGACUCCUCCAACCGAUCUGAUGACCUCGUCCUUUUCACAUAUCAAUGCUCUUAGAGACGGCCGCGCUUUGUCGCUUUCAGAGACCACGCCCAGGGCCGGCUUUCUUGGAGGGUCUAAGAUCAUGAAUCGCUCUGCCUCUGUAAUUUCUGACUCGGGGAUUGAGAGUGAACCGAGCUCCAUGGCAUGGGCUCUGGAGGGGCGUGGCGGUGGGCGGGAGAUCCUGCAGCACCUGGGAAGACGUCGGACAGCUCAUCGAAGUUCUUUGGAGGGUCUGCAGACGGAAAGUCACGGCAGUUUACCCAGCGGUACCCAAGCCUCCCUGGCGUCCAUCAGCUCACUGCCAUAUGAAGAGGACGAACAAAGACAGCUCAGCACCCUCACCAAGUCUGCCUCUGCCCCACAGAUCAGCAGCCCUGAAGACACGGAGGAGGACCAGGACACGCCCAAUCAAGAGAGGCCAAACCAAGAGGGAGCCAAUCAGGAGAGACAGAACCAAGAGGGAGACACCGAGAAGCUUACUAAUGAAGAAUAUUAUGGAAGUAGACAUAGCCUACAUACAGAGAAUGGAGCUCUUUUUGAUGGGGUCAUUGAACAAUGUAACAGUGAGACAGAUUACUGUGAACACGAUGGGUCUGGGGAUAUAAACAAACAUCCAACAACCAAAGGAGAUGUCGAUUGUGACCAUGAUGAUGAUGAUGAUGAUGAGGAUGAGGCUGAUGAUGAUGUUGAUGUUGAUGAUGAAGAUGACAUAAGCUUCCAUCAAAUCCAUCUGAGUGAAACGGGAGACCAGACGAAGCCCCUCCCCCACCUAACCAAUGAACAAGAGAGCCAUGACCUCACCGACCACCCAGCCAAUGAGAAAGAGAGACAUAGUAACCUGAUUGGGAUGAUAACCAAUGAGAAGGAGAAAGAGGGCAAAGGAUCGAAGGGACCCAGUUCUGGCCUGGCUUUCAUGAAUAAAAAGGUGGUGGAAGUUGUGAAUUUGUCUGUAUCCUGUGCCCCAACCUGCUUGCCCUUCUCUUCGGGUUUACGAGACUCACCUUCCGUCAGUGGACUCUCAGCGCGUCAAGCCACCUCCCCCAUUACCCAUCAGCCCCUGGGCUCCUUUGGCAUCAUCUCACCAUCCUCCUCUUUUAUCUGUGCAGAUCAGGAGACCAAUGAAAGAAUGAUCAAUUUCUAUAAGGCUAAAGAGAGCCUGCUAAAAGACCUGGUCUUCAGGGCUAGCCUGUACAGCGACCUGCCCCUGCUGGCCUCCGAACUGCCCUACUUCCCCCCCGAGGAGGACGACGAGGAGUUUGAAGACGGUAUUCAUCUGGUGGUGUGUGUCCAUGGCCUUGAUGGAAACAGUGCGGAUUUACGUCUGGUAAAAACUUUUAUAGAACUGGGUUUGCCCGGAUCCAGACUGGACUUCCUCAUGUCUGAACGCAACCAGACAGAUACAUUUGCAGACUUUGACACCAUGACAGACAGACUGCUGGAUGAGAUCAUUCAGCACAUUCAGCUCUACAACCUCACUGUUGGCAGAAUAAGCUUUAUUGGACACUCUCUGGGAAAUGUCAUAAUUCGUUCAGUGCUAACACGGCCACGAUUCCGCUGUUACCUCAGCAAACUUCACACCUUCCUAUCUCUGUCUGGACCUCACCUGGGCACACUGUACAACAACAGUCCACUGGUCAGCACAGGACUGUGGUUGAUGCAGAAAUUGAAGAAGUCUGGCUCCCUGCUCCAGCUCACAUUCAGAGAUCACACAGAUCCCCGACAAACAUUCCUCUACCAGCUCAGCCAGAAACCAGGUCUGCAAUUCUUCAAGAACGUUGUGCUGGUGGCCUCCCCUCAGGAUCGUUAUGUUCCCUUCCACUCAGCUCGCAUCGAGAUGUGUCGCACUGCACUGAAAGACAGAACCACAGGCCCUGUGUACACAGAGAUGAUCAGUAACCUGCUGCAGCCUGUCCUGCAGGCUAAAGACUGUCGCCUUAUCAGACACAAUGUGCUCCACGCUCUGCCCAACACGGCUAACACGCUGAUAGGACGCGCCGCCCACAUCGCUGUGCUCGACUCUGAACUCUUCCUGGAGAAGUUCCUGCUCGUUGCCGGCCUCGAUUACUUCAAAUAG